GCAUGACGUCACGAUGUACACGUCGCCGAUUGGCGAGUGAAGAUGGCGCUGGGCGCCCGGUGGCCUCUGUAACGGAGUGGAGCCGUUCGGUCCUCGGGUCUGUAUUAGGCACUGGGAACAACUGACAGCUGCUCCACCCUUCUGGAUAUCGAGAUUUGAGGAGUGCCAGCCUUGAUGCAUAGCUUGGCAAUGCAGCCACCACCCUCGCGAUCGUCACCAGGUGUCGCCAAUGCUGCAGGAGCUCCACCAGCAGGGGCCGCCCCCAAUGCCUUCCGCCGCAAUACCCCCUUCAGGCGUUCCACCACACCGCUUUCAGGAGCCCCGCUGCCGCCGGUCACCGACCCAUUUGGACUGAGUAGGCCUCCUCACACAGGGGAUUCAGCAGCACCCCAUGGCGCCAAUAAUGGAAACCUGCUCCCUCCACCUUUGCUUAACCAGCAAGAUGGGAAUCACGUCCCACCUCGGUGGUCCGCAGACACUUUGCACAACGCACAGGGGUUGUUUCCUGGCCUGCCCGCCACACCCGGUGAGCGCUCUGAACCGUGUGGCGCACCAGCACCCCUUGCCCCAACGUCGCGCUUUGGUGAUGGCCAGUUCUCCCCCGCGUCCCCUCCUGCUGGUGCUGAUGCCGGGCAGGGCCUACCCAACGAGCCCUCGUACUUUCACACAGGACUGGGGCCGGAGGGCGGAGAGCUGGGACCUCACCAUGGAUCCACCUAUUCCCAAACACGGAACGCCCCUGGGCAAGAGCCACUCCCCUUUCCUCCUGGUGCACCUACUUUCCAACCACAGCUCCAGCUUGGCUCCUCUUCUCAGUGGGUGGUGAACCAUGGCAGUCGACCUCCCUCUGUUCAAAACUACUUUCAGCCUAGUGACCCGCAGACCCAGGGCCUUGGCAGUUACAUCUCUCCUCAGGCCCAGCUCUCACCUUUUCCAUCUCACCAAAGCCAGGUGCCGGGCAGCUUCUCCCAGCAGCAGCAGCAGCAGCACUCAUCACCAGAUUCCUUUGCGCAGCUCACCGGAGCAGAGUGCCAAGACAGUGGUCGCCCAGCUCCCUUCCAUUUCCCGCCCCAGCACCAGCAAAAUUUCUCAGGCCCUGGCUUUGCCCACACAGACAACUGGGCACCCGGCUUCCUGCGAGAACCAUGUCCACAGCAGGCAGUCAGACCCAAUGGUCCUCCCUCUCAGUUGAGUCAUCCCCCAGACUCUGACCCAGGCACAGUUUCUAUGUUUUUCAAAGGGGGUGAGGUGGAGAAUAAGGAGACGCUAGCAAGCGACCAGCAGCAUGGAGCUGGUGUCGCGACUGGAGACAGCUUUCAGUCAAGUGGUGGGCUGUUCCUCAGUAGGCAGUCUCCGCCCCAGCCAUCUGCAGGGCAACAGGCAGUAGGUCGGGCAUCUAGUGUUGAACCCCAGGGCUUCCUUCCACAACCAGCUAGCCAGUAUGGUAUUUACAGCCAGGGGUCUGGGGAUCCUGGUGGGGUCACAGAUCCUACAAUGCCACAACGGGUUAGUGAAGCGCUGGCAAUGGACAAUGAUGAGAAUUCUGAAUUUGUACAGAACCAGGAAGUCCUGCCAAAUGAGCCCAAGAGGGUCCCUCUGGGCUUCCAGCCCAUCCCUAGUUUAGUAAACCAGGGGCAGCACAUCACCAAAACUAUUGGGCCUGUGGGAGGGCCACCAGUGAACCAGGAGACCCCAGACAUGGCACCCCACCCUCUGCGAUCAGACAGCAUCUCUUCAAACCACAGCAGUGCCAGUCACAGCAGUGGCUCCAGUCUGCGUCGAUGCCAACCUCCACCAAACACUUUCAUCCAGCAAGAGAUUGGGAAGCCACCUACUGAUGGCACCUCCUCCUCCUUCUUUGAGCAGAUAGAUACUUCCCCACUUGCUCGGGAGACGGACAGCGCAGGGCGGGCUAUGUAUUAUAGCCAGUUGCCACAGCCCACCAACCCCACACCUCCAAAGCCAAUGGCCACCUUCCAAGCCAGCGCAAACAGCUCGUUUGAGCCAGUGAGGUCACACGGACAGUUGACGGUCAAAGCAGCUGAAGUGGAUCAAGCAAAUAUGGUGAUGGAGUUGAACCAAAAUGCAGUCAGCGCCGUGGGUCAGCGGCAAGGAGCCACAGCGUUGGAUAUCUCCCCUGGCAAUCUAGAAGAUCCACCUGACAACAUGGAAAACAUCAGCGUCCCACAGACUUGCUCAAAUCUCUAUCCGGGGCCGCUGGCCCCUGAGAAUGCGCUGCGAGCCCUGUCGGAGACGCCCGAGAAGAGGGGGUCUCUGAGAAUGCAUGGUGCUCGCGCCAAGUCUGAGAGUCCAGCUGCCACCCUUUGGGCACAGAAUGAGCUGCCAAACUUCAGCGCUGGUAUUGUGCUGGCACCAGCUGCUCCUGCUGUGCCUACUGCAGCCAAGGAGCUGUGCGCUGAGGUCGUCCAGCCCCCAGAAGAUGGCAGCAAGGAACUGAGCUUCCCUCUGCUCGUAGGAAACAUGGAGAAUCCUCCCCAGGCACUUGAAGAUGGAGACCCAAAAGGCCAGGCAAGUUCCAGCUAUGCCACACUUCUGAUGCCGUCUCUGGCUGCACCAAACCCACCCAUCCUCCUUGCUCGGCCUCUUCAAGCCAGUUCCUCCGCUCCACUGUCCAGCCCUGACCGUCCUCUCCGGGAUCGAGGCGAUGGCCAAAGUGUCUCCUUUGCAAGCCCUGCACCACCAAAUUCUGGCCUUACCGCUGCGCUUGGAUCACCCUCCUCCCAGUCUCCCCUAAAUCUGGCUUCAGAUGGUCACCUCGACACGAGGUUUGCAAGUGGAGGACCACCAAGGGACACUGCCACCCCUUCAAGCCCCUCCUCUAACCGAAUACCUGGUGUAUCCAUAAUUGCCCCAACUUCUGCUCUUCAGCCACGCAGUGACGUCAGUAAAGAUGAUGCAAGAAAUCAAGUUUUUCAUCAACCUGAGUCAUCUGCCAACUGUGAGCUGCUUGAUUUCACUUUGCGUCGCUCUCCGCCUAAUCAGUCCAUCGCCAAUGCUAAUCAGCCUGCUUCCUUGCCACCUAAUGAUACCACACAGCACCCUCCUCCUUGCCAGACCUAUGCCUCAGGACUGUGCAUUAAUGACAAACCAGGUUUCUAUCUGCAGGUCACCAAAGAUGUCCAACAGCAGCAGCAACAGCCGAUGGCCACAAUGUCAGGACAGCAGGCAGCCCCUCCUCCAAUCCCCUCCACAGCUCAUGAUUCUAGCCAGCAUCAGCUGGCCAGUAGUCAUUACCCACCUGCGGGCUAUGGCUACCCAGGGUCAGGCUCUGCCCAGCCAACGGCACAGCAGCAGGCAGUGACUCAAGCUCCUGUAACAGCAACGGGAGCCCCCCAGCUGUCCUCACAUCCAGAGGUACCGCUGCAGCAUCCAUACCCCGCUGUCCUGCCGCAUGUGGGGUAUGGUUAUUCCUAUCCAUAUGCAUAUCAGGAUUACAGCACAGAUCCUCAACAGGCAUUUGCAGUGCCUUACCCAUCCUACCCACCUCUGGAUCCCAGAAUUGGUCAGCAGAUGUCUUAUCAACCAAUGACUUCCAGAGGCAACCAUCCAUACUAUCAGGAUGACCCAUACCGGCGUUACAAUGUCCGGUAUGCCAGAUAUGAUGCCAAUAGUGUAGGUUACAAGGAUCAAGACAGGGAGAGGACGAGUCGACCCAGCUCCAGAGCAAGUCAGUCUUCUGACAGACCAUCCUCUAGGCAGGGAUUCUCUGAAGACCCCUAUGGUGGAAGAGGUGGCCGAGAAGGCUACCCUGGUUACUAUGCAGACUAUUAUAGUAGCCAGUAUCAGUACAGAGACCUAGCUCAAUGGGAGAGGUAUGACCUUGGUGCCUAUGAUUCUCGAUACAGAGACUAUAGAGAUUACGACCGUCCGUAUUGGUACUAUGGACCUUACCAAGCACGGGAUCCUUAUUAUCGGGAGCCUUAUGGCGACAGGCGGAAUGGGUAUGAGGAGCUCUGGCAGUAUGACCCUCGCUAUGACAGCAGUUUUGAUGAAAGCAGCCGGCGAGAUCCAUACCCUGAUGAAUUUGACCGGCGCAGUACACACAGUGAACAGUCCGCUCACAGUGGUCUGAGCUCCCACAGUGUGAGGAGUCGCCGUAGCAGCUUCAGCUCCCAGUCUCAGCAGAGCCAGGUUUACAGGAGCCAACAGGAAUUGGCUGUCCCAUAUGAACAACCAAGCCAGACGACCCUUGCUACUGAUUAUACAUAUGGACAAUACUCGGAAAACACUGUGCAGCCUAAUUACUCAGAUUAUCAGUAUGGAUAUCCAGCGGAAACAGGAUGGCAACCUGUGGAGAGAAUUCCACCAAGACCUGUGACUCCAGAGAAGUAUACAGUUCCUCAUCUUUGUGUCCGGUUUGGUCCUGGAGGACAGUUGCUGAAAGUGUUGGGCAACCUCCCAUCAGAAGGACAGCCUGCUUUAGUUGAAAUACAUAGCCUGGAGACAAUACUGCAGCAGAUGCCUGAACAAGAGGAGUUGAGGAGCUUCCCAGGACCAUUAGCAAAGGAAGAGACUCAUAAAGUUGAUGUUAUCAACUUUGCUCAGAGCAAGGCGACAGAAUGCCUAAGAAAUGAAGAGCUUCUGGAUAAGGAGUCUGCCAACUUGUUAUGGGAACUGAUUGUCCUACUAUGUAGACAAAAUGGGACAGUUAUUGGUACAGACAUUGCAGAGCUCCUGCUGAGGGAACACCAAUCCGUCUGGCUUCCUGGCAAAUCACCAAAUGAAGCCAAUCUGAUUGACUUCAACAAUGACUUGGUCCCACGUGCUGAGGAUGAGUCCUGUGCAUCUCUCCUUGCUGACAGCUUCCUUGAUAGCAAUGCAGUGGAGUGUACCAGCAAGGACACGGAACGCUUCAGGGAGUUGCUGCUCUUUGGCCGAAAGAAGGAUGCUCUGGAAUCUGCAAUGAAGCACGGUCUGUGGGGUCAUGCUCUGUUACUCGCCAGCAAAAUGGACAGUCGGACGCACGCAAAGGUCAUGACCAGGUUUGCUAACAGCCUGCCCAUUAAUGAUCCUCUGCAGACAGUGUACCAGUUGAUGUCUGGGCGCAUGCCAGCUUCAGCAACGUGCUGUGGCGAUGAAAAGUGGGGAGAUUGGCGACCCCACCUUGCCAUGGUGCUGUCCAACCUUUCCAGUGGGCCAGACUUGGACAGGAGAACCAUCACUACCAUGGGAGACACCCUUGCUGCUAAGGGACUAUUAGAUGCCUCCCAUUUCUGUUACUUAAUGGCACAGGUUGGAUUUGGAGUAUACACCAGAAAAACCACAAAACUCGUUCUGAUUGGUUCAAAUCACAGUUGGCCGUUCCUGAAAUUUGCUUCAAAUGAAGCCAUCCAGCGUACAGAAGCAUAUGAGUAUGCUCAGGCUUUGGGCAGCCAAACUUGUUUCCUUCCCAACUUUCAGGUGUUUAAGUUUAUUUAUGCCUGUCGACUGGCUGAAGUGGGCUUGGCAGCACAAGCCUUUCACUACUGUGAAGUUAUCGCGAGGACUAUUCUCAGGAAUCCAGCGUAUUAUUCACCAGUGUUAUUGAGACAGCUCAUUCAGAUUUCCUCCCAGCUGCGAUUCUCUGACCCUCAGUCAAAGGAACGAUCAGAGCAUGAGUUGCACGUGGAGCCAGAUUGGAUUCAGCAGCUCCAUCAGAUGGAAAUCCAGACGAAGGAUGGUGGCUUUAUUUGUGGGUCGGGUAGAGCCACUCCCCAGCCGUUCUGCUCUAGCACCCCCAGUUCGGAAUAUGACCAGAUGAACCAUGCUGAAGAGCUUCCUGCAGGCCCCCAGGAGGAGAUCAUGGGAAUGGAGAAUCCACUGAUGACGACUUUAGCGCCGGAUAUGGGAUCAUCAGAAGUGUCGAGUGUUCAGCUCAUGCCCGCAGCUCCUCAUUCUGUACUGGAUGGGAGGAUGAUGGCAGCCCCAUCUUCGCAGACUGUGACUGAUGGCCCUAUUCCCCUCUAUUCACCAACUCAUGCUUCACCUGGUUUUCCAGGUCAGUCGCCCAACUCUGCUUUCAGGCAACCUUGUGAUCUCUCUAAAGGCCCCUUCCCUCUGGGGCUGCCUGGAUCUCCAACAGGGCCGCCAGUAGAGACUCUGCCAACUGUGCAGGAACAACAGGGAAUUGACAAUGCAGCUCCUCCAGAAUCCAGUUCCAUAAAUCACCAGUCAUUGCCGAAAAGACACAGCUUUGGGGAAUCUGGGCAGCUGGACUUCUAUGAUCAAAUGGCCAAAAUGCAGGCGCCGGGAAGAAGAUCAAGGUCAGCAUCUCAGUCAUCUUUGCACAUGCCAUAUGGGAGGCGCUCACGAACAACCUCUGAGUCGUCUAACCAUAGCAUGGGCCGGGAAAGAAAUCGCUCAGCGUCUAACCAACCAACGCUUCCGCCUCAGCCAGAGGUUGUUGCCAACACAGCUCCAGAGGGGAAGAAAGAACCUAAACGGGAACAACCUGAGAACAAAAAAGCAAAGGGUGGGUGGCUAAGCUGGUUACGGUCCGGCAGGAAGAAUGAAGCCCAUUUACCAGACGACAAAAAUAAAUCGAUUGUGUGGGAUGAGAAGAAGCAGCGGUGGGUGAAUCUGAAUGAACCAGAGGAAGAGACCAAACCUCUCCCACCGCCGCCAAGUCUUCCUGUGGUUAGCCAUCCCUCCAGUUCCGCUCCCACAUCCACUGUCACAGGUAGCCCUCCGUCUGUCAACAGGUUCUCCAGGAAAGCAGGUACAAAAGCUCGUUAUGUGGAUGUACUGAAUCCCAGUGGAACCCAGCCAAAUGGGGGUCUCCCACCUCCGGUGGACCUUUUUGCCCCCCUGGCACCAAUGCCUAUCCCCACCAAUCUAUUUGUGCCGAUGCCAGGUGAAGGACCUCAGCCUCCUGAAGGAAGCCCAGCAGAGACCUCACAGUCUGUGGAACAGACAAACUCUGAGGCAAAUUCACAGGCUCAGCUCCCUCCCCCUGCACAGGGAGGCUUCUCUCAAGGAACUGUUCAGUUUUACAACCCUGCUCAGUUUGCCCAACCCACAGCCAGCACUGCAGCUUUGAGGCCAGGACGGUUUGGGCAAAGAAAAUACCCAACGUUAAAAUAAAACAAAACCUGGAAGAAAUCCUGGAAUAAAUAAUACUGAAAACACUUAACGGAAUAGAUGCUGAUGAUGUGUUCUAGCAUUUGCAAUUACAGAUGAUUAAACCAGAUGGACGUGUGAUAAAAAUCAAUAAAUUGUAAGGGCUUCAGGCAGAACCAUUUUUGAGCAAAAAAAAUUAUUCGAAGGACUGAAAAUGAAGCUGUAUUUUUUCCAGAUGUAACCAGUUAAAUAAAUCUAAGCUUGUAAGGUGCUGAAGCUGGAGGGUUUAUGGUCACAUUGGAUUGUGCUUUUAAAAGAAAACACUUACCUCCUGAAUGUGACUGUAAAUGUCGAAAAUGUCUACUAUGUCAAAUUGGCAUAAGCAGAUGUUGGCACAUCCACAAAAGCCCAGCUCAAAAUUUUAAGAUGGCUGUAACAUUUUUCAAAUGAGCAAAACGUAUUUGAGAACUUUUUUUGUGGAGGUUUUGGAAUGGUCAUUGCGGGAGGGCUAAUGGAUAGAAAUGAUAAAAAGAUUGUUUCCGACCAUUUGUAUUUAGGUAAUAUAUAUAAGGCUGUUGUAAAAGAGUACUGUAUAGCCAGAGCCACCUGUUGUACAUUAUACUUUGAAAUAUCUGGAGUACUGUGUGAAUAAAUUUUAGCAGAUGUAAUAUAGAAGUUCGUUCUCUCUCUCUCUUAUUCUGGAAGAUUGUGUCUCAGGACAUGGGAGGAGGUGGUUAGAAAUUCCAGACUAUUUGAGAGGCUUUGGGGGAGAUGCCCUCAAAAGAUCAGUCCCUCAAAUUCAACAGUGUUCUUAAAGUGAGAUGUUCAGUUGUCUGCCAGACAGCAACUUAUAAAAUCAUCAUGAAAAUGACGUGCAAAUUUGGAAUCAUGAUGUACAGAAUGAAUUCAGCUGCCCUUUAAUGUGAUUUUCCCCUCUUUACCCACGCCUCCAGCUGAUUCCCCAGAACCACUGUCUUAACUGUAUUCCAAUCUUCCUGUUUUUGAUUCCAAAGAAUUCUCUUGUGAAGACUACACAAUAUUUCAAAUUCAGAGGUUUUCUUGCCUAAGGAGUUUAUUUUCUUAUGUUAUAAGGAUGCACACUGUAAAAUGAAAUAAAAUAUUUUGCAUUCUGGAACACCUAA